AUGGACUCGGUGUUGGAAACCCAGCGUAAUCUCCACGAGGAGCGCGAGCGCCUCAUCGAGGCCAUGACCAAGGAGACGAUCGCCGAGAAGCGCUCUCACAAAGCCCUCAUCAAUAGCCAGCAUCGUGUUCGCAAAUUUGCUGAUCGCUACAUUGAUGCCACGGCAGAGCUGGAAAAGUUAUACGAGGACACAACCAAGGAGCGUGAAACGGAGAUUGAGGCUAUCAGUGGCCCGAACGAGUUUGCGGAGUUCUACUCGCGGCUGAAGACGCUGAAGGACCAUCACAAACGGGUUGCCGAAGAGUCGGCCUCCUGCCAUUCGCUGGACUUUCAAAAAAUUAUGGCCGAGAUCGCCGAUCCAGAGCGUGAGGAGCCGGAGAUGAUCACUUUCACAGAUGAAGAGGGCUACGGCCGCUUCCUCGAUCUGUACGCUGCGUACGAUAAAUAUCUCAACUUGAAGGGCGUCAAGCGCAUCGACUACAUCACGUAUCUCGGCCUCUUCGAUAAAUUCCAGGAUCUGAAUAAGCAGACGACAAAGAAAACCGGGGCCUACCGCGAAUAUGUCCAGAGCCUGAAAGACUACAUUGUUGACUUCAUGCAGCGCACGAGGCCCAUGUUGGACGUUGAAGGGCAGCUAGAACGAGCUGCAGCUGACGUGGAACGUCUAUGGGAUCAAGGUGGAGUCCCCGGUUGGUCAGAACAAUCUCUACAGGGAGCAAUGGCGGCUGGUCCGCAACCUGUUGCCAUCGAUCUAGCCAAUGUCAACUCGCCGAAGGAGCUCGAAACUUACGGACUAGAACGUCUGAAGGGCGCCCUGAAAGCGGCAGGACUCAAAUGUGGAGGUACCCUGAAAGAGCGUGCCGAGCGCCUGUUCGCCUCAAAAUCGGCCAACUUGACCGAGGAGCAGAAGGCUGCCUUGAAAGACGGCGGAGACCGGGGGGCGCUCAAGAACAAACAGCUCGCCACGAUGGAGAUGCAAAUUAAAACCCUCGUCAACAUGAUCGGCGAGGAGCGCGAGGCCACCAAGGAAAACGUGGAGCGCAAGCAGGCACGCGGUGGAGCCGCAGAGGAAUCCGAGGAGGAAGAGGACAUUGUGCUCGAGCCGGAAGUUGAGGAGAUCGACGAUGGUAUCCCCUACAAUCCCAAGAAUUUGCCAUUGGAUUGGGACGGCAAGCCGAUCCCCUACUGGCUUUACAAGCUGCACGGCCUCAACAUUUCGUACUCGUGCGAAAUUUGCGGAAACCAGAAGUACAAGGGCCCGAAGGCUUUCCAGCGGCAUUUCUCUGAAUGGCGACACUCGCACAGCAUGCGUUGCUUAGGCAUCCCCAACACGGCCCAUUUUAUGAAUGUUACAAAGAUUGCCGAGGCGCUGGCGCUUUGGAAUAAGCUGAAGAAAGACCAAGAGAUGGCCCGAUGGAAUCCUGAUCUUGACGAAGAGUACGAAGACUCGGCCGGCAACGUCGUCAACAAGCGCACCUUCGAUGAUCUCAAGCGACAGGGGCUCCUC